CCGCUGUUUUAGAGUCACUUGACCUAUUACUCUCUUCAAGUGUCACUGCACCUAGGGUUUUAUCCAGCACCUUAGGGUUUGAUUUGUUGAAUGCCAUACAAUGCUAUUCCUCAAACGCACACUCUCACCAUUCAGGUACUUUGUUCUCUCAAAAUAUUCCUUAUUCUCCACCUCAAAAUUGUCUGAUGUCAUAUCCUCAAAUAGACAACGAACAGAAGCAGAAGAAUAUUGCAGACGAAGAAUUGCUAUGACCCAAUUUUUUCUCAGUGAAUGUGGGCUUUCUGAGUCCCAAGUUUUGGCGUUUGAUAGGAGGAAUGAAAAUUUGUUCAAAGCUAAAUCCAUCUGCACAGCCCAGCAGGCAGCCUAGCUCUUUAGAGACUCAGGUUUCACAGAAGACCAGGUAAGGAAAAUUGUUUUCACACGUCCAAAUAUUAUAAAGUUCAAAGUGGAUAGUCAGUUAAAGCCCAAGAUUGAGUUUAUGAAGGCAUUAUGUUUUACUGGUAGUAACCUGGGACAUAUCGUAAGUCAAGCACCCAGUUUGCUCUGUUGUAGUUUGGAACAAAACCUAAGCCCUAAAGUUUCCUUGUUUGUAGCCAUAUUUGGUUCAAAGCAUAGUUUGUACAAAAUUAUCACGCGGUAUCCUAGGCUUUUGAUGUGUAAUACUGACAAUGUGAAACCUAACAUAGACAUUUUAAAGAAAUCAAGUAUGCAAGAUGAACUUCUUUUAUAUGCAAUCAUGGUAAGGCCCAGUUUAAUUUUGCGCAGUGAAGAGCUGCUGAAAUCGGAGAUUGAAUAUGUGAGAAACCUAGGUAUUUUGGAGGGAUCGAAAGGAUUUGCGAAUGCCCUUGUAGCCAUUGAUAGCUCUGGGCUUGAAAAUUUUGAAAAUAAAUUAAAACUCUUGACAACUCUUCGUCUUCUAGAGAAUGAGAUCCUGAAGAUUGUAAGGUGGUUUCCUAGUACGCUCUCUGGUGGCAUUGAUAAGAUAAAGAAAAAUAUGGAUUUCUUGAAAAAUACCGCUGGCUUUCAGCCGAACAUUGUGGUUACGCAUUCACGUCUUUUGACUUAUAGCGUAGAGAAUAGGCUUCUACCACGCCAUAAGGUAUUUGAAUUUUUAAGGGAAACAGAUCCAUCAAGACUUCCCAAAAGUCUAGUUAAAGUGUAUAACCUAAGUGAACGAAGUUUUGCCGACAAGUUUCUGCUGGGCACUCCUGAGGCGGCAAAAUUGUUUGAAAACUACAAGGGGAAAUCUGUUGAUCUUGCCAUCAGCUGAAAGACUUCUGUUGAGUUUGUAGCAGACAGAAAAGGGGUUUUAAUCAAUCCAGGCAUUUUCAUGAGGUUGGAUCAGAAUAAAAGGGGGUAAGCAUUUCAUCAGGUUGAAUCAAACAAAAAGAAGCUUUAUCAAUCUGGACCUUUUCUUGUGGUUGGGUCAAACAAAAAGGGUUUGAUCAAUCCAGGCCUUUUCUUGAGGCUGGACAAGUCCGAAAGGAGUUGUGUAUCAGUCAAAACCUUUUCUUCAUAUUGGAUCUCAGACCAGAAGGGUCUUUUUAUUAAUCCAGACCUCACUAGGCUUAGGUAUGAAAUUUUACUCUUUGUUCAUUACAUAGUCAAUGGCAACUCUUGAAAACUAGUACUCUAUUAUUGAACU